AUGGCCACGCCUCAGCCUCACUGGGGCCUUGGUCGCUCGGAAACACCUUCGUCCCCGCGAACAAUGCGUACGCUGCGCAAGAUUCAAUCCCACCAAGUGCUGUCGACGUCCAGCGCGCUCAUCGCCCAGACACAAUCCAGUCAGCUCCCGCCGAGCAACCUGUCAAACAAUGAGUCAUCCGUGCCUACGAUAACGAAAGCUACGGGCCGCCGACCACGAUCCAACAGUGAUGCUGCUGCCCGCGACUCGCCAUCUUUUGAGGCCUUGGUUCCUACGCAAAGGCGCUCUGCUAGAAAGACUGGGUCCGGGGUGGGAAUCAAGCGGUCGUUCUUGGAGAAUCUGGUUCGAGAUGGGCCACAGAAUGGUAAUUCAGAGGAAGCGCUGAAAGAAUUGAGGUAUCUGGUUUUGUCAACCGGAGUAGAGGCGGAUGGGGAUGGCAUGUCCCCAUAUCGAGUUUACUUGUGGCUCAUCUUGUUGAACGUUGCGCCGCUUCCGACCGACGACUACCUUGUCCUUGUUCACCGUGGUGGCUCACCUGCAUAUGCAAAGAUUCGCAAUGAUACCUUUCGCACCCUUGCAACCGAUCCACUCUUCAAGCGCCGGGUCACUGAGGCCAGUUUAAUUCGACUUCUCAAUGCGGUGGCCUGGAAACUCCACGAUUCAAGAGCGAAGCCUCGAUCUCGACCUUCAUCCUCCCGACGCCUGGAAAUGGAAAUGCUUGUCGAUACACCUCCCAGUAUUCAGGAAGAGCCUGAGCUAGGGCUUUCCGGGUCCAGUGCAAAGCCCGUGGUCAACGACCCGGCCAUCUACGUGCAGGGCAUGAACGUCCUGUGUGCGCCUUUUCUGUACGCUGCACGCAGCGAGGUUGAGGCGUUUGCCCUGUUCCAUUACUUUGUGACCAAAGAGUGCCCCGGAUACAUUCGGGGUGCAAUGGACGGAGUGCACAAAGGCCUUCGGCUAGUUGAUCGAUGUCUAGAGAUUGUGGAGCCAAAGCUCGCGGCCUACCUCUUUUCCAAGGGGAUGUACGCUGAGCUGUACGCUUUCCCAUCAGUACUCACGCUUUGUGCGUGUACACCGCCAUUGCCGGAAGUCCUGCACUUGUGGGACUUUUUGUUCGCUUAUGGGCCUCAUCUCAACAUUCUUUGCAUUGUGGCUCAGCUGAUUCGCAUGCGUGAUACCCUCCUCGAAAGUCCCAGUCCCAAUAAAAUCCUCCGAUCUUUACCACCUCUCGAUGCCAAGGGCAUCAUUGCAUUGACUGUGCUCCUGGUUCAAAAGGUGCCCGAUGAUGUCUACGCCGAGAUGGUCACUCACGCCAAAUGA